AUGCAUUUAAGUGAAGAAUCAAGAAUAGCGUCCACAGUUAGCAGUGAGUCAGAUUAUGGCUCUACCAACAAUGGUAAAGCUGCCUCCAUUGAUAGUCCAGUCCCAGUUUCUAAUACCAGUGUUAAAUCAGAGGCAUACUAUAUAUUCAAGACUGCUUUACCAUUAGUUAUAACGUUUUUAUUGCAAUCUUCACUUUCAACUACUGCUCUUUUCUACGCCGGUAGGCUUGGGGCAGUAGAACUAGGGGGGAUCUCUAUUGGUAAUGUUACUUUCGCCGUCACUUCUGCAAUUUUCAUUGGAAUAGCAACUUGUUUAGAUACAGUGUGUCCGCAGGCAUUCGGAGCAGGUAAUUAUGAAAUGGUAGGCCUCUACUUUCAAAGGGGAGUGGCAAUUUCCCUUGUCUGCUCGAUACCGAUUACCGCGUUUUGGUAUAAGUCAGAUGUGGUAUUAUCACUUUUAGUAAAAGACUCUGCCAUCGUUACGAUUGCGGCAACUUAUCUAAGAAUUAUUAUCCUAACAAUUCCAGGGUUUGUGGUCUUUGAAUGUGGUAAAAAAUAUUUGCAAGCGCAAGGGGACUUCAUUACGGGUCAAAACAUUCUCUUUCUUUGCGCGCCUUUGAACGUUAUGUUAAACUACCUCUUUGUUAUUAAGCUCAAACUAGGAUAUAUUGGAUCACCAAUCGCCAUAGUUAUAGUUUAUAGUACUAUGGGCUUUUCUUUGAUAGGUCAUAUAUACUAUCAAGUUUAUCGCGGCAAAGACUUCUGUUGGCAUCCAAUCACGAAGGGCUUCUCUGCCAUAUUCACGAAUUGGAAACCCUUGUUAUCAUUAGCACUACCUGGUGUUAUCAUGCUAGAAGCUGAAUUCUUUGCAUUUGAAAUUAUCACCAUAUUAAGUGCCGGAUUUGGCACGCAAAUCUUGGCUGCCCAAAGUAUUGUAGCGACAAUUCAAACUUUCGUAUUCCAAUUGCCAUUUAGUUGCAGUGUUGCUUCAUCGAAUAGAAUUGCGUAUCACGUUGGAUCUGGUAACAUCACCAACUGUAAAGUUGCUACUAAAACUGUUGUUCUAGGUGUUGGUACUACAACAGGUAUUAUCAAUUUUGUCUUUCUAUAUUUUGGACGGUUCAAAGUAUGUUCGCUGUUUAGCAAUGAUCCAAACUUAGUGAAGUUGGCCGCUAGCUUAUUAAAAAUUGUUGCAAUUAAUCAAGUAUAUGAUGUAUUCAACGUUAUGGCAGCAGGUGUUCUAAGAGCUCAAGGUAGGCAAAGGAUAGGAGGCUAUUUGAAUAUUAUUGCAUAUUAUGUUGUCGGUCUUGAGAUUGGAGCGCUUCUUGCAUAUUACUUUAAGAUGCAAGUAAAAGGCCUAUGGUUAGGGCUAGGUUUAGGUAUCUUAACUCUAGCCAUUGGAGAAAACUCAUUCGUAUACUUUUCAGACUGGGUAAGUAUCGUACGGAAAUCAAAAGACUUACAGCAUGAGGUUUAG